CCGUGCAAAUUCUGCUAAUGACCUACGGUACCUAGCGUCUUUACAUCAACAACUUGACGCAAAAUGUCCCGCUUUGAUGUAACGGAUAUAUUAGGAUCAGCGCAUUGACACAAGCGUGUAUACGUACUAAAAUGGUAUUUACAACCACACCUGCGGUUGAGCCGGAGCGAAAGCGCCCAGCAGCGGCAACUACCACAGCUGAGGCAAAGGCUAAUAAAGCGCCAUAUUUGUGCCUUAGCAGCUUGAAGCUAAUACAAAUCCCAGAAGACGUUAGCCAACUGAAAAGCUUGACCAACCUCGACCUGUCCAACAACCACAUAUCCAGCAUUCCGGAAAAAUGCCUGCCCUCAAGUUUGGUUGAGCUAACCCUGACGGGAUGUCAGUUGACCGAGCUGCCAAACUGCAUCGGAACGCUGCCCCGACUUAAAAAAUUAUACGCGGGAGCGAACAGGUUGCAGCAUGUGGAGCCGGUGUUCCGCUCCACCUCGCUGCAGCACGUGGGGCUGUCGUACAACCGCGUGUCGUACCUGCCGGGGGAGCUGCUGCCCACCUCGCCGCUCAUGUCGCUGGACCUGUCGCACAACGACUUGGAGGGACUCGUGAACACGCUGGUUCAGCUGUCCUGGCUUCCCUCGCUGGCCGCCCUCAGCCUGGCCGGCAACCCGCUGGCGCUGGUGCCCAGGUACGCGGCGGAGGCACGCGGCCGACUCAAGCAGCUCAUGUUCCUGGAUGGACAGCGCCUGGACCUGCCCCCCAGCAGCCGACCAGGCACCGCCAACUCCUCCGUCGCCGCAGCAGCCGCAGCCGCUGCCGCCUCCUCCUCCUUCCACGGCCCCGGCAGCCCCACCCCCGGCGGCGGCUCCAGCUCCCACGGCUCCGGCCCCUCCCUGCAGCACGGAGGACCCGGCGGCAGCUCCCUCAUCCUCCGAGCCGCCGGCCGCACCCUGGGCCGCUCCAUCUCCGCCUCCGCCUCCGCCCACCAAACCGUGCGGUUUGACGAGUCCAACGGAGGUGGCGGCGGAGGCGAGGGUGCCAUACUGACGCUGACGCUGGGUGCCGUACGGCCGGCGGAGGACCCUUUUGGGUGGCUGCGGGCGCGGUGGGCGGAGCAGAUCGCGACUGCCGAGGAGCUGGGGCUGACCAGCCCUCCGGCGCUGGAGCAGCCGGACCCGCCGCUGCAGCCGGUGAUAUACCACGUGGAGCUGCAGGACAUGGAGGGCACCCCCCUGUCCUGCCUGCCCCUCAAGCUCUCCCCGCCCGACCCGCCCGACGUGACCGCCAUGUUCGACCCCAAGGCCAAGCAGGCCGCGGCGGCAGCGGCGGCGCGGGAGGCGAAGAAGGCCAGCAAGCCAACCAGCGGCAGGGCCAAGAGCGGCAAGGGCUCCAAGUCGGGUGCCUCGGGCGGGGGCGCGGAGGACCCCUCCGCCUCCCCGCAGGCUGGCGGCGGGGGGCAGCGGUCGCGGGGUGCGGAGGGCGGCUGGAUGCGUGUGAAGCUGCCGCUGCCGGCAACCGUGGAGUGCCGCAACUGGCUGAGAUCGGGCUUCACCCUGCAGCUCUACCGCACCACCCUCACCGCGGUCCCCCGCUCGCCCUCCCCCACCAGCGGCGCCUCCUCCCCCUCGCCCUCCCCCGGCGCCAAGAGCCCCGCCCCCGAGGAGCCAGCGGGCGGCACCCGAGCCAACACCGCCAGCAGCAACCCCGCGCGCAAGGGCAAGAAGAAGAACGAGGAACCCCCCCCUCCCAACUACGACGUCACCGGCACCACCGAGCUGCUGGGAACCGCACUGCUGCGUGCGGGGGCGCAGCUGGUGGACGGGUACAGCGGCGAGGCGGCGGAGAGGCUGGACUUCACCCCCCCGCCCGCACUGUGGGACGAACGCGGGCUGCGCAUGGGCCUGCGCGACCCGCGGCACCCGGUGCAGGUGGUGGGGCAUGCGGAGGUGCGGCUGCAGCUGCAGACGGCGGCGGCGGCGGGGGUGGUGCUGGGGCCGGGGGGGAUUAUGAUGGCGGGCGGCGGUGAGGGGUGAGGAGGCGGCGUGAGGAGGGAAGGGGAAGCUGGUGAGAAGGAGAGCGUGGGAGGUGUUGUCACCGGUUGUGGGAGUUGCCGUAUGCGUACCGUAGGAAGUUGUGAGGGGAGCUGAGAAGGGCGGCCAGGGCUGCUACCGCUGCUGGUGAGCGUGUGAUAGCUGUGCGGCAGAUACCGGUUGCUUCCCUUGCUUGCGGCAGCUGUUUCCGUUGUUUGUGGGACCCCUUGGUACGGCAACACCCCACCACGCGAGUGUAGUGGUAGUACGACCCUGGUAGCACUUGUGCAUGCGGCUGCUGGCGCGACCUCCUGGUCUACAUAUCAAUGUGC